GGUAACAACUUAGUCGUGGCGCGAAAAUAUCUUUAGUUUGAGCGCUCGUGUAUUCGAAUUGUGUUGGUUGGUUCGUUUAGGUUUAUAUUUACCUACUAUAUACUACCUAUCAAGUAUAUAUCUAUUCUGCUGUCAUAAUAAUAAUACGAGAAUACGAGAAAAAAAUGGCAGACGUAGAAAAUCAAUCCGCAUCGGCUAAUGCUGCUGCUUCGACGACUUCACCUCAAGUUCAUCAUCAUGCUAAAAAGGAGAAGAAAGCAAAAAAUCCUAGAGCCAAACCUUCUCAUCCUCCCACUUCCGAGAUGGUCAAUAACGCUAUUAAGGGUUUAAAGGAACGUGGUGGUUCUUCUCUUCAAGCUAUAAAAAAAUUCGUCGCCGCCAAUUACAAGGUAGAUGCCGAGAAAGUUGCACCAUUUAUCAAGAAGUAUCUAAAAGGCGCCGUCGCUUCUGGUUCUUUGGUUCAGACGAAAGGUAAGGGAGCUUCUGGAUCGUUUAAACUUGCUUCCUCGUCCGCCUCCGGUGGUGGUGCAAAGGCCAGAGCUGCUGUUGCUGCUUCUGCUGCUAGAGCUGCUGCCGCCGCGGCAGCCGCUGCUACUGGCGAAAGAAAGAAAAAAUCCUCAGCAGUUUCAAAAGUUAAAAAAAACACUGGAAAACGUUCCGCCGUUUCGGCACCAAAAACCGGUAAGAAACCAUCUUCGCCAAAAGCGAAAAAAGUCGCAGCCGAAAAGAAGAGCGUAGCCGUCGCGAAAGCAAAAAAGGCCGCUUCUGUCGGCGCUGAGAAGAAAACAACCGCUGCUUCCUCUACAGGUAGAGCUGUUGCGGCAACAGCUUCAUCAAAGCCGAAAUCACCUUCGAAAGCAAAGAAAUCAAAUAAGGCCGGUCCAACGAAGAAACCUAAGGCACCGAAACCAAAAAGCGCCAAGGCUAUAUCUGCUAAAGCGAAGAAAUCUCCUGCUUCUCCUAAAAGAAAGAAGUGAGCUAUGGCAAUAAUCUCAUUUGUCGUCGUCUUCGUCGUCGUCGACUACGAACCGAUGAUGAUGAUAAUGAUGAUGAUGAUGAUGGUGGUGACGUCCUGGAUUAUCGACUGUU